AGAGGCGACCAUUAAAAUAAAUGGGGGGUGUUUGACAAGCUUUUAUGGGAAGAGCUGACACACUCAACCUACAGCGAGUGAGAGUGAGCGACAACAGCGAAUCGACAACUCGAUGUGACGUGCUUGAAUAUGACUUUUAUGGAGUUUCUUCAGUUGCCUCAGUAAAGGUCUUUUUUUUUCUUGUUUAUUUAAAAAAAAAAACAAUCAAGCCACAUAAUGGCUUCUAGAGUGGGUUUCCCCAUCAACUCCACCACCCCAAUAAACCUCAACAUGAACCCGGGUCACAGCAGCGCCAUGAGAAUGCCAGCAAUGCCGCAGAAUUCCCCCUACAGAGGGCUGACUAUAACACCGAACCAGUACCACCAACGCCCAAGCAUGCCACCUAACCGAGGAGUGCCUAUGGGGGGCAUGGGGUCAAUGGGUUCCAUCCUGCCUGGUCCAUCUUAUAGUGGAGCCAUGCCCAUGCGACCUGGAAUGCCUCAAGCUCCAAUGGACCCCACUCGGAAAAGACUCCUUCAACAGCAGCAGUCGGGGGGCCUUAUGGGUCCCAGAAGGGGGGUCAAAAGGCGUAAGAUGGCUGACAAAGUUCUCCCACAGAGGAUCAGGGAUCUGGUCCCAGAGUCUCAGGCUUACAUGGACCUUCUGGCCUUUGAGAGAAAGCUGGACCAGACCAUCGCUCGCAAACGCAUGGAGAUACAAGAGGCCAUCAAAAAGCCUAUCACGCAAAAACGCAAGUUGAGAAUCUACAUUUCCAACACCUACACACCUCCCAAACCAGAGGGGGAGGAGGCUGACAAAGUGGCAUCCUGGGAACUCAGAGUGGAGGGCAAACUCCUGGAGGAUCCUGGGAAACUGAAGAGAAAGUUUUCAUCCUUCUUUAAAAGCCUGGUCAUUGAACUGGACAAAGAACUUUAUGGCCCAGACAAUCACUUAGUGGAGUGGCACAGAAUGCCCACAACUCAGGAGACGGAUGGCUUUCAGGUAAAGAGACCAGGUGACGUGAAUGUGAAAUGCACUCUGCUUCUCAUGCUGGACCAUCAGCCUCCGCAGUAUAAGCUGGAUCCUCGUCUUGCUCGACUCCUGGGCGUCCAUACUCAGACCAGAGCUAGUAUCAUGCAGGCCCUGUGGCUCUACAUCAAAAACAACAAGCUGCAGGACUGCCAUGAAAAAGAGUACAUUAACUGCAACCGAUACUUCAGACAGAUUUUUGGCUGCUCCAGGAUGAGGUUUUCAGAUAUCCCCAUGAAGCUUGCUAGCCUCCUUCAACACCCUGACCCCAUCGUCAUCAACCAUAUCAUCAGUGUGGAUCCUAAUGAUCAGAAGAAGACUGCUUGUUUUGACAUUGAUGUUGAGGUGGAUGACCCUCUUAAGGCUCAGAUGACCAGCUUCCUGUCAUCAACCACCAAUCAGCAAGAGAUUGCUGCCCUGGAGAUGAAGAUCCAUGAGACCAUUGAAUCCAUCAACCAGCUGAAGACCCAAAGAGACUUUAUGCUGAGUUUCAGUAAAAACCCACAGGAGUUCAUACAGGACUGGCUCAAGUCUCAGAGCCGAGACCUCAAGUUAAUGACAGACACUGUGGGGAACCCAGAGGUGGAGCGGAGAACUGAGUUUUACCACUCAUCAUGGGUCACAGAAGCAGUUGGACGCUACAUUUUUUCAAAGGUCCAACAGAGGAGACAGGAAUUGGAACAGGUACUAGGAAUCCGUCUCACUUAAGAGUCCAACUCCAAAUCUGCUGACACUCGAGGAAUACAGCUGGUAAUGUUUGAGAUUGAAUAGAAACACUUCAUAUAGAUGUUUUUGGGUGUGAGUAUUGUUUGGAAAUUUUGAACAUAUUGCACUGUUAUAAACAGCUUGUCAGUUGCAGCAUUUGCAGAUUGUACCGUGACACAUUUCUGCUUAAAACAAAUCUCAAAUGCUGUUACAAAGUUUAACUGGAACUCUUCAGUUAUGUAUCCUUCUCAUUUAAUUAAUUUACCAAGCUUCUCUUGUGUAUUCUGAAAAUGUAAUAUGAAAUUAAGUCAUCUAUUUCAUGUUUGUCUUUUUUUUUUUUUUGCAUUUUUUUUAUUGCAUCCUUUCUUGUUUAUCUAUAUUUUACAGUAUGAUAUACUGUAUGUUGUUGUCUGCUAAAACUCUACAGAUAACAACCGAUGCAAAGCAGCUUUUUUUUUAAUUUCAUAGUACCUUUUGUGUUUUAUAGUAGGAAUUGGCAAACCUAUGUGUGCCAUUUUUUUUCUUUACUUAUGAAGUAGACUAGUAUGAAUAGGAUUUUUUUUAUUAUUAUUAUUAUUUUUUCUAUAAUACACAAUAUUCUGGAUUUUUCUAUUUGGUCUCUCAGGAAAAUAUGUGCGGUGCUAUUCAAGAGCCAUGUUUGCUUGUCCCAAUGGGAAAUUAAGCACAUUUGGUAGCACAGCUGUUCCAGUUCACUAUACCAGACUUGUUGUCUUCAUCUUGUUUGUGUUUGUUGUUUACAGAUUUGUUUUUUUGUACAACAAUGCUCUGAUUUGUGAAUGAUUGAGCUUACUUGUGUAAACCAUCAGUAUAUUCUUAAGUUCAGGUUUUCAAAGCCAUAUUUUGGAGUUUUUAAUUGGUUUACUAUAGUUCAGGAUGUACUUCUACAUUCCAAACACCAGUUGGGAAUUUUCUGUUUGAGUGUUGGAUUUAAUAAAUUGUGAUUUCAUGUUGGUGUAGUAAAUUCAGCUUUUGCAAGUAUUAAUGGCUGCAAGUAGAAUAUUCUGUGUUCAAUACUGUAAGAUUUAUGGACCGCAUCUGUGGCAUGCAUUUGACUACACUUGAUCUGUUGAUUUAUACCUCAGUUAUUAAAAACAAACGAUGUGUUUGCAGUUGAAAUCUUUGGGGCAAGCAGUUGCUCCCUAGACUUCUAGUGCUUUUCUGUGGUAUGAGUAGACCAUAUUUUUGAUGUCAAUAGAGCUUAACUUAUAUUGAACCCGGAAUAUUCUUUGCAAUGGUUUAAUUUUGUUUAUAACCUAAUUUCUCAGACAGUUUUAUUGCUGAUUUGAAAUGCAACAAGCUCUUAAACUUUUUCUUCUGUUAAUGCAAUUAAAUUCAUACAACUUAAAGGUGCUGUAAAAACAUUUUUAAUUUUUUUAAAUGACAAGCAGAAAAUGCUUCUAUUUCCUUAAAGAUAUUAAUGAAAUGGGUACAAUGAAAUAUCACACCUGUCUCUGUAAAUGGUGAAAAAAGCAACUGGCCGUGGACUGCGGUUAGUUUGACUUGUCAAUGCACACCAAGUUUGCGGACGCUUAUUUGCUAUCGGUGCUUUUUGCUAAGUGAAGUUCUUGAACUUAAAAUUGCUUCCAACACCUUUUUUUAUUUAUAUAUCAAUCAAAUGCUUAUCUUUUUAUGCAUUUUGUAACUGGGAAAUUGGAGCAUUUUAAACAAUAAAGUUGUUUCCACAA